UCAAGAUGAAAAAACUCGACCCGCCCACAAAAUGGGCUAAGUGGGCUGAAGUUUGACUAGCCCAAAUAAUUAGAAAAAAUUUAGUACAUACCAUUAACUCGAAAUCCCAAUUAUACCCUUAACAAAGUUCAAACUGCCACAUAGGGUCCUACCACAAAGGAACCGUUUGGUAACCUCUGACAUAUUUUCCCUAUUCUUCUUCCUCCUCCAAUCUCCACCUUCUUCCAUGCCUUGUACAUUCUCGUGAUCUCUACAAAUUUUAAACAAAACAAACAAAACCCAUCUUUCAUUUGGCAACAUACUUAAUCAUCUGACAUAAUUACUAGUAAUUAGUACUCCCAUCAUAAUAAUUAAGUUUGUUAAUCAAUUACAAUAAUUAAUCAUCUUCAAAAAAAACAAAAACAAAACCCAAUGUUAGUUGAUCCCCUCAACGACCCCAUCAUUUUUCUCUCUCCUCUUAUUAUUACUCUCUUCUUCUCAUUGUUCACCUGAAACAUCAAUAAAAAAAAAAAACACAGAGGAGAGAGAAAACAAAACAAUGAAGUGCUUUCAUUUCACUAAUGGUGAAAGAAGAUCUGAUGAUGGAGAAGACGAUGUCGUUUCAUCAGGAAGAGCUAGAGUUUCUUGGGCGCGUUCUUUAAGUAUAGCUAGUAGUAGUACCACCAAUACGACGGAGGUGCGUCGGUCGGAGUUUGGUGGUGAGUCGGAGUUUUCCGGUGAUUCGGGUGGUUUUUUCUCUCUCCUAGCUCAGAAUCGAAGAGUUUGUAACGAUCUUAGAGUGUUUAGUUUUGCUGAGUUGAAAUCUGCAACUCGUGGGUUUAGUCGAGGUCUUUUGAUUGGAGAAGGUGGGUUUGGGUGUGUGUAUAGGGGAGUUGUUGUUGUUGUUGUUAAUGAUGAUAGUAAUGUUAGGGUUUGUGAUUCUGGGGAUUUUGAGUUGGGAGAUUUCACGAAUUCCGAGGUUCAUGUUGCUGUUAAACAGCUUAAUCGUUAUGGUUUCCAGGGGCAUAAAGAGUGGAUCAAUGAAGUGAAUUGGUUAGGUGUUAUUAAGCACCCUAAUCUUGUCAAAUUAGUCGGGUAUUGUGCUGAAGAUGAUGAAAGAGGAAUGCAAAGGCUUUUGGUGUAUGAGCUCAUGAAGAACAAAAGCUUGGAGGACCACCUUUUGGGUCGUGUGCCCUCACCCUUGCCUUGGAUAACGAGACUGAAAAUUGCGCAGGAUGCAGCUCGUGGAUUGGCAUAUUUGCAUGAAGAAAUGGAUUUUCAGCUAAUAUUUCGAGAUUUUAAAACAUCAAAUGUUUUGUUGGAUGAAGACUUCAAUGCCAAGCUCUCGGACUUCGGAUUGGCUAGGCUGGGGCCAGCAGAGGGAUACAGUCAUGUUUCAACAUCAGUGGUAGGAACAGUGGGUUAUGCAGCACCCGAGUAUGUUCUGACUGGCAAACUAACGAUUAAGAGUGAUGUGUGGAGUUUUGGUGUGGUUCUGUAUGAGCUCAUAACAGGGAGACGAGCAGUGGAAAGAAAUUUACCACGAAAUGAACAGAAGCUUUUGGAGUGGGUUAGACCCUAUAUAUCAGAUUCAAAGAAAUUCCACUUAAUUGUAGAUUCACGGUUGGAGGGGAAAUACUGUAAAAAAUCGGCUCAGAGACUAGCUUCAUUAGCAAACAAGUGUCUUGCCAAGCAACCAAAAUCCCGCCCUAAAAUGAGUGAAGUUGUUGAGAUACUAGGUAGUAUCAUAGAUGAGGAGGCAUCAUCACAGGAAGAGACAGAGUCCAAAUCUGUCAAAGUAGCCGAAGAUGAGAGCGAAGAACUUGACGCAGAAACAGAGCCCACAAAAUCAGGGAACAAUUAUAUGAGGAAGGUACGGGAAAUAAAAGAAAGGGUCAACUUGAGGAACAAAUCAAUAGGGAAACUAGAUUGGAAAAAUUGGACUCCUGGAUUAGUUAAAACUUCAUAGUAACAUUGUGAAUUUUGCGGAAGAGGGGACAAGGCUUCCUUCUCGGGGUUUGUGUGCUAUUCAAGUUUUUCCCACAGGUUAUGAAGCAUGGAAGCCUUAGGAUCCGACGUUUACUCUGUGUUCAUUCUCAAAACUCCAACUAUUUCCAUGCCAGUGAAGCUCGGGAAUGGAUAGUUAGGUGCAAAUUUUGGUUUUCGAAGAUUUAUUUAUUUGAUACAAAAUCUCCUUCCUUAACUGCCUGGGUUUAGGAAAGUGAGGGAAUUGCCUUUGUAAAUAUCAGGUUUAACUUACGGCAAAGGAAGCUCCCUUGUAGAGGCUUGCUUUGUAUGUUGGUUGAAAAGUUGUUACCUUGUCUCUUUUUUCUGCA